GUAACCAGCCCAUUGAGAGGAGAGGAGAGACAGAGAGAGAGAGAGAGAGAGAGGGGGUGGGGAAAGAACCAAUGGCCAAGCUGCAGCUUCUUCCUGUCCUUGUCGCGCUCGUCCUCGCCCUUGCCGGCGUUUCCCUCGCUCACGAUCCUGUCACCAAGACCGUCGGCGACGCCCUCAAUCCAGAUGGCCUCGUCCUUGAAGGCCGUGUCUACUGCGACACAUGCCGUGCGGGCUUCGAGACCGACCUCACGGCGUACAUACCCGGUGCCAAAGUGAGGCUAGAAUGCACGCGAUACGGCACCGAUGAGGUCACGUACGCGGCGGAGGCGACGACCGACCUCUUGGGUAUCUACCAGAUAGUAGUGCCUGGCGACCACUCGGAGGACCAGUGCUCGGUGGUGCUCAUGAAGAGCGCGGUCGACAACUGCACGGAGAUCAAGCCCGGCCGGGACCGUGCCCGGGUCGUGCUCGCCCAGGACGGCGGCCUGCUCUCCAACGUCCGCCGAGCCAAUGCCCUCGGCUUCCUCAUCGCUGAGCCGUUGGCGGAGUGCGGCAAGCUGCUCCAGAAAUAUGGCUUUGCGAACGACGACGACUGAGCGAGGAGAGCAGGAAUGGUCAUCAAGAGUAUUCAAGACUCGGUUUGGCCUCUGAAGCUUGGGUGCUAAUCCUGCUGUUGGUUUGGCUGGAUUCUGAAUGUGCAUUGCAUAGGACCCAAGGGUGUGCUAUUUGUAUUGAAUGAAGGCCCCACUUUAAGAGAUGGCCAUUUUGUGGUUCACAUUGAUGAGCGUGGGCCAUCUUUCAGCGGCAAGCUAUUUUGUAUCUUUUUGAGAUUUAUGUGGGUUAUAUACAGGGACAUUGAACAUGGGCUAAGUUUGGCUGAGUAAAAUUCAGAAUUUUUAAUUAGUCCAAUCCAUAUGAAUGUAAAAUUAUGUCUACUGGUGACCCAUUUUCAGC